CGUGGAAAGCUCACCGGUAGAAUGCUAUUCGCCUAUUCCAAUGGUCGAUUUCCUUUCCCCAAUCACUCGUCAGUUGAAUUCGAUUGAACUAUUCAAUUCAGUGCCGCCUCCUCCUAAUCCAGCUGCUCCAGCCUAGCUAGCUCACGUCGUCCAACAGACGCCACCCCACAUACACAGCAGAGAGAGAGGGGGGAUCGCGGCGUUCCGUUACUUCGCCGCCGUGCCGUUAGCUCCCGACGGCGGCGGCGGGGUCCGAGCUCGGGACUGGGGAGCCGCGUGUCGCCAGCUACCACAUACAUGCAUCCAUGGAUCUGGUCGCGGACACCUCCCCGUCGCGGCGGUCGGUGAAGCGGCGGCCGCCCGCGCGGUCACCGGAGCUGUCGCCGAAGGCGUGGGCCGGGGCCGGGGAGGCGGCGGCGGAGCUGAUCCGGCGGGUGGAGGAGCUGGAGGCGGCGGCGGCGCGGAUGCGAGGGGAGAAGGAGGCCGCGGAGGAGGCAGCGCGCGGGCUGCAGCAGGAGCUGGACGCGGAACGGGCCUCGGCGGAGACGGCGGCGAGCGAGGCGAUGCUCAUGAUCGAGCGGCUGCAGCGGGAGAAGGCCGCAGCGCAGAUGGAGGCCCGCCAGUUCCGGCGGUACGCCGAGGGCCGCGCGGACCGGGAGCGCGAGGUACAGGAGGAGCUCGCCUCGCUCUCCGACCUCGCCGCGUCGUACCACUCCCGCCUCCAGUCACACGGCAUCGACCCGGAUUCUUUCUCCGACGAGGAUGAGGAGCAGGACGAGGACGAGGACGAGGGUGAAGAGGUGCAGCAAAUAGACAUGGCCGCGCUAGAGGCGGAGCGGAACGGCGGCGACUUGAGCAGAGGCAUGGAGGUGAAAGCUAUGGUUGACGACGACGAGGAGGAGCCGUCGUCCCCCAUGGAGAAGGAGUUCGAGUACACGGUGGAUGUUACGUGCGCGAGCACGACGAAGACAGUCGGCUCGGUGGUGGCGGAGUAUGUGGGGGAUGCGAACGCAGGGGGAUUGUACGCGAGGGUGGAGGCGCUGGAAGCCGACAGGGUGGCGAUGCGGAGGGAGAUCGCGGCGCUGCGUGCGGAGAGGGCGCAGCUUGUGAUGGCCAGGGAGAUGGCGCGGCGGCUGUGCUGGGAGAUGGUUGCUGAGCAGAGAGCCAUUGUGAAGAAGGCGGCUGUCCCAGCGGGUAGCUUCUCGGUGCUCGGGAUAUGCAAGUGGGUGCUCUCAAUAAUAUUUUGGAGAAAUAGAAGUUCUAUGGCCAAGUAUACCUUUGGUUUGUCGACUACUUUCCUUGGUCUCCUGCUGCUUCUCAACAGAUCCACAAUGUUGAGCCCCUGGCGACGUUGGUCAAGGCCACAGCGAUGAAUACGACCUUCUCCAUCCAAUGGCCAAAUGCCUGUAAAUUCAGAGCUUGGAAUGAUUGUUUGGCUUUAUUGUGCAUGCGUAUUUCAUUCUUUGAUGCUUCUUUUUUCCUUUUACCACGUACAGUGUUUGAGGUGUAAGUUUUGGUUCUGAAGCUUUGAGCUUGCCGUAUAGCGUGUUAUUCAGACUAGGCUUGAAUAGCUUGUAAUUUGGGGCUAACUGGCACGCUCUGUAUAGAGUGUACAUCAUAGUAAGUUGUGGAAUCCGGUGGUGUUUGCUUGUGUGAUGCUAGCGUAUAGUGUGUUAUUCUCACACUCGAAUUCUCAGUUAGCACGAGUUGGUCAUCUUCUACCUUUCCCUUCUGACCCAGCUGGUACAAAAUGAUAUCGACACAUUUGGCAUGCUUGAAUAAAUUGUUUUCCCUUCUGGUUAUUUAAUUGUUUA